AUGUCCCUCGAAGACAUACGCUAUGUUGAGCGACUUGCUGCCCAAAAUACCAACCCUCCCGCAGUGCAGCGCCGCCAUUCCGAUAAUGACGAUCAGCCGCUUGCGCUCAAGCAGACGAAAGUCACACGGCGGGCGACCAUGUCAGCGCAGCCGAAGAAGCCGCAGACAUAUUGGUUCGAGUUCUUCCUGAAUGCAGGCUGCGACAUUGAUGAUUGCACGCGAUAUGCGUCCUCCUUCAAGCGUGAAAAGAUUGACGAGGCAAUCCUCCCAGACAUCACUAAGGUGACAUUAUUCCGCAUCACGAAGUGUAUCCAGCAGAAGUUUGCAAAACCUAAGAAGGAUACGUCGCAAGAGCAGCUUAUUCGCGAUGAAGAACUGGCACGGAAGCUACAAGAAGAGGAAGUUCUAUUGGCUUUCAUGGAUGAUCGCCGCACUCGCGAAGCUCAAGUCACAGGCCGUCGCUCUCCGAGUAUAGAUUGGGAGGCAGCUACGUAUCCUUCCCCACCGCCCUCCAAUGUCGAAAUACCGGGCAUCGGUCAUGUUUUAUCAUCAUCUGACCCCGUAGUAGAUGAACCUCCCCCGUACGUACCAUGAC